AUGCCUUUCCCUUUCGUCUUGCCUACAACCUCUAGCAUCUCCUUUAACGAUUACUUCAGCAGCUCCACUCACCCGUCUCUACCACUCUGCACUACCACAGCUCGGGGUGUGCUCCGGGAUGUCUUGAAAAGACACAAGCGUAUGCCAGCCGCAUCACAAGCUUCGAACCUCGCCACUGUACAAUCGGCCCUAAACGACUACAUCCCCUAUCUGUUCGCCCUCGAUGCGGGUCUCAGCGGAGCCAGUUGCGCUGGGGAGGAGAUUGACCUGGUCCUUGUCAAAGAGCUGGAGGUAGAAUGGCGAACUACACUUUCUUCCACCCUGCCUGGCCGGGAACCUCCGCGUGUGAAGCUGAAGAGCCUCGAGAGCGAGCUGUUCUUCACCCUCUCAACCCUGGCAUACGUUCACAGCCUGCAGGCUCGAGCACAGUUGCGUACCCUUUAUAGCGCCUCGCUCCCCACUCCUGAGCAACGAGCGACAGCGAUAAGCGCGUCGAUGAAGAGUUUCCUCGCUGCGAAUUCCAUACACACGUAUCUUGUCAACAGGGCAGGACAGUGGACAACUCAGCCGGCGGCUGUAGAUAUAUCCAUUGCUGUUCAGGGAGCUUUAGCUGAGCUUACUAUGGCGGAGGCAACUCUUAUCACCGUUCUGAAGGACGACCCGUAUCCUACCGUGGUGAUUGAGGAUCGGAACAAGCAGAACAAGGACUGGAUGUUCAAGGGCGUCGAAAUACCAAAGGUCCGCGCCCAUCUCUUCGCUCGUCUAUGUUUGGCAUCUUCAGAGCAUGCGGCGAAAGCACAAGCUAUGCUCAAUCGAGCGUCGAAAGUGAAUGAGAGUCUCCUGCAAUAUACAGACGACUUGAGACGAACCGCCAAAGCCAAAGCAUGCCGUUUCUUAGGCAUCGAUGCGGAACUAUCGGGCAAGACAGGCGAAGGGAUCGCCUGGUUGAGGGGCGCGAGGAAAGAGCUCGGGUUUACAGCUCUGGGCGAUGACGAGGAGAAGAAGUCAUCUGGAUUCUCCAAGCUCAAAAAGGAGUGGCAAGAGAAACGGGAGGAUCGGAAAAUCGAGAAGAAUGAAGGCUGGGGAGCGGACGCAGGGAAAUUCGAGGAGGGUCGUGUGUUGAAUAUGCUUCUGGACAAGUGGACGAAGAUGAACGACACCAUUGGAGUUCAGCUUGUGCCUCCGUCAGAAACCCUUUUGGCGACCAUGCCCUCAGGACGAGAGUACCAUGUUCCGAAGAUGUUCAUCACGCCCGCAUUGGAUGAGGAUUCAAUUAUCCGAAUGAGGGCGCCUCCCGAUCCUUCUGACUCUGCAUUCAAGGGAGACGAGGAUGAUAGUGCGUCUGAUGAUGAGAGAGAUCCUCCUACCGCUCCUGGCGCUUUUCCUAGUGCUACAACUGACUAUGGUGGUGGCACCAGCUACUAUUGA